UACAUCUCAACAGAUCGUAAAAUGUGUUGUAUUCAUAUCAAGUUUUAUAAAAAGGGGGGUUGUCAUGGACGCCUGGGUAAUACAUUCGAGGUGUUUUUUCGAGCCUGCCGGAAAGGCCCGAGAAGUUGCGAUUGUUAUUUUAAUGGGAAGUGACUCCAUUUUGUUUAAAACUCUAACAUCCGGUUAUGUUAAUACAUUCGAGGUGUUUUUCCGAGCCUGCCGGAAAGGCCCGAGAAGUUGCGAUUGAGUACAAUGGCCGGGAAAAAAAUAUCCGAUUUUUUUGUCGUUGUAAGUGGGCCAACUAAACAACAAUGCGACAAUCAUACUCUUAAUGCGACUCCAUCCUCUUCUAAGCAAGAAGACAUUCAAAUAACACUUUCAAAAGACAACCUCCCACCCUAUCCUGAUUUAGGUUUAUUGAACACAGAAUCGGAUGUUGUUGACAACAAUACCAAACGCAGACUUUUGACAGAUAGAUGGAAGGAUGCCAAUCAACUUGAGUUUCCAAUCAGAAACAUAUAUAAUCGUUCCAGAAAGUUCAAUCAUACCUGGCUUGAAAAGUGUCCGUGGAUGAGGUACUCGGUAUGUAAAGAUGCUGUGUAUUGUGUGUUUUGUGUGUUGUUUGGAGCAAAAGACAGUAAAGACAAAACUUUCAUUAACCCUGUGUCCGAUUGGGUAAAUUUGGCAUCAUAUGCUAAGAGACAUGAAAGAAGCGAUUCAUCGCAUCAAGGGUGUCAAAUCUCUGCUGAAUCAUUUGUAAGCAUAUUUUGUGAAAAGACAAAGAAUUCUGUUAUUGAAUCCGUCUCUAAAACACACAAAGAGCAGAUAAUGCAGAACAAACAUGUACUUGAAACAAUUAUAGAGGUCCUAAUUUUGAGCGGUAAACAAAACAUAGCCAUCAGGGGUCACACUGAGCAGAGAAGUAACUUUAUGGCAAUUCUUAAUUUCAAAGCCCAAGAAAUGAAAUUUUGCGAGAUCAUUUAAACAAUCCGAAUAUCAAAACAAAGAACACAUCUCCAGACAUUCAAAAUGAAUUGCUGAAUAUCUGUUAUGACCAACUUAGAGAACAAAUCGUGCGUGACUGUAACAAAGCAAACUGUUUCACGUUGUUGGCAGAUGAGUGUACUGACAAAUCUACAACGGAACAAGUGACCGUUUGUCUGCGUUUCCUGGAUUCGUUGGAGGGUAAAUCAAUUCUAAGAGAAGAAUUCGUUUGCUUUGUUGAAGCUGAUAGUACUACUGGUGAAAGCAUUUCUGAAUUACUAUUGGAAGCUUUAGAUUCAGCUGGAGUGAACAUAGAUAAGAUGCGAGGUCAAGAUUAUGACGGAGCCGCAAAUAUGUCGGGGAAGUUCAACGGAGUACAAGCAAGGAUCAAUGAGAGAGUACCAACUGCAUCAUAUGUGCAUUGCAAAUCUCAUCAACUUAACUUAGCUAUUGUUCACUCAUCCAACAUACCAUGUGUAAGGACAAUGAUGGGAACUGUGCAAGACAUUGGUUUUGCAUUUAACUACUCGGCAAAAAGGCUUCUCUCUCUGCAGAAUGCGCUAGAAAACGACCCAAUAGCACGAGAACAAAUGGAAAGGCGUACCAAGCUACGAUCCUUGUGUGAAACAAGGUGGUUUAGUAGUGCCGACGCGCUUUUCACAUUUAAAUCGGCAUUUACAGCUGUUGUUUCAGCCCUAGAGAUAUUACAGGACAACGGAGAUGAUAAAGCAGGACAACGUCUAGCUGCAGUCCAAAGAUUUGAAUUUAUUAUUGCCCUUGUCGUAAGCGAACAUGUGUUUGACUGCAAAUCUACAGUCCAAACAGUGUGAUCUCGUAGAAGCUGUGCGUGAAGCCAAAGUUGUAGUACAGAUGCUGAAGAACGAGAGGACUGAUGAAGCAGUAUGGGACGAACAUUUUGAAGCCUCACGCCAAAUUGCAGAAUCCGUCGGAGUUGCACCAACCACACCCAGACGUGUAGGGCGACAAAUCCACCGAGCAAAUUAUCCAGUGAACGAUGCCAAGACCUACUGGAAAGUUGCUUUAUAUUAUCCGUUCCUAGAUCACUUGACGAGUGAGUUAGAGAAUAGAUUGGUAAAGAACGAAGACCAGUUCCUUGCGCAAUAUUUAAUACCAAGUCUCCUUGACGGUCUAACGGAUGAAGUCAAGAUCAGAUUACACGAAGCAUACCGUUCUGACAUUCAAACACAAGAAGAAUUUGAAGCAGAAGUUCGAAGAUGGAAAGUGCGUUGGUCUAUGGUUCCCUUUGACGAAAAACCAGCCACUCUUAUAGUUAUCAUUGACAACAUACCGCACGGUCUUUACAUCCAAAUCGAAUGCAUAGUAAAAAUCUUCCUGACGAUGCCUGUGUCGACAGCCACUGCUGAGAGAUCCUUCAGUGCAAUGAAGAGAAUCAAAACAUAUCUGCGGUCAACCAUGACAACAGACAGGCUUUCCUCACUAGCGAUGCUUCACAUACACAGGGAAAAAGACAUCGACAUCCCAGCGGUCAUCGACAAAUUUAUUAAUGCUAAACAAAGACGUCUUAAGUACCAAUUAAAAAGAUUUAUUUUGAAUUGGAAUUUAGUUUUACACCUCAUUUUAAAUUUCCCCCAUAGGAUAUCACAGCUUUAUUGAGAUAUUCAUUGCCAUUAAGAAUAAAGCUUUGAGUGGGUCAAAAACAAACGUCAAAAGUUUUUUUCCUCUUUUAGCUUUUAAUAAGUUUUGUGAUUUUAUUUUAUGCCUAAACUAUAUAGUUAAAACAAUUUUAACUUCCUAAAAAUAUGCUUAAAUAGUGAGCAUUCCUUUCAAUUUCUGCGAUGAUUUUCAGUUUUAAAAAUCGUCAGAAUCCAUGAGCUUCCGGGGGCUUCGCCCCCUGCCCCCCACCGGGCUUCGCCCUGGACCCACUGGGGGCCUCAUGGCGGCCCCCAGACCCCCUGCCAUUUUAAGCAUGCACUUUGUUUUUGGUCUAGCUACGCCACUGAGUGCUUGCAACAGUGGUUGAGAGUUUCAGACGAUGAUUCAAGAACAGCCGAACAUGGACAUUAGAAAAAAAGGUAGGAAGACCUAUUGGAAAUUUGUGAAAGACAAAAGGAAGAGACAGAACAGAAUUUUGCCCUUCUAUUUGACGACAUGGACGAACGAAGGUUUUUUUUUUAUCGAUGGUGCCACCUGUUGUGUUACCAUUCAGACGGCUGGUUACCAUUAAAUCAAUGAUAUCUAACGUAUAACAGGUUAUAUUUCGUAAUAAACUCAAUAAGAGUUCAACAAAUGUUUGAACUGAUGGGAUUUGUAGUUUGGUUGAAAUCUAUUGUUCAAAGUUUGAAGUUUUAAACGUUAAUUGUAGUUAUUUUAGUGCAUUGUUUUUUGUAAAUAAGAGCAUCUUGCUCUUAACCUGAUAAAAUAUGUGAUAAUUGUGACAUUAUGUCUUUUAAAAAAAAUAUAAAUUCAGAUUUACAGUUAUAAUACAUGUAAUAAUAAUAUUUUGUCAAUUUUAACGACAUUGGUAGUAACAGCAGUUGUCACAACAACUUGAUAUUUAACACACUAACUAAUGCUGUUGCUAAAAUGUUCUGCGUUUUCCGUCUUCAUUAUUUUUACCUUUCGUUUAACCUUACUGCAAAUAUGAGCAUGUAAGUCUUAAUAUGGCAGUGAAUUUAAGAUUGUUUUGUCAAACCGCAUGAAUUUCGUUAAAAGAAAGGUGUCUAAGACAAUAAACUGGCGAUGAUUGAACUAAGUUUUUUAAUUUCAUAAUGCAACCAGUGCACGAUUUCGGGCUGUAAAUGGCAUCAUGGUUUUUUUUUUUUCAUGCAAAAAGGCGAUUUUUUGGCAUUGCAUCAAGUGCAGUCACUGGAGAUCAAAUUGAAUACUAGACAUUUAAAGUUUUCAAUGUAUAAUGAAGAGAUAUUCAACAAUUUUAAUCAUUUUAAAUUAGUUAAAUGUAUAUUAAUAGAAUACAAUGAAAGUGAAUUGAACCAAAUUCGUAUGACUGACAACAUAUAAGAAGCAAGAUGAGUCAUUUUGCAUCUUUAAACUUUUUUGAAGAGUUAUCUUCCCUUGAUGAAAAGGAGAGAAAUAUAGUUUUGUCAAAAUAUCUGCGGUAAAUGAUUUAUUAUAUUUCCUAUAUUUAUAAAGAGAAAGUUUAUACAUAUACUCGCUUAGAGAAUUACAUGAAUUUCAAGUUACGUUUUACAAUAUCUUAAAAAACAUUAGUGUCAAUAGACUUCAAUGUAACGUUCAAGGUGCAAUUUGUUGAACAAUAACCAAAAUGUUGAAAAAUUCUUUAGUGGAGUAUUUUUAUUUGAUAACAAAAUAAC